ACAAGCCCGCAGUGCCUCAACGCAUCCAGUGGAAAUGACAAACCAGAGGCGCUCCACGGGCCAGUAUGUGAAAUAACAGCAAUAAUCAUGGGCUUUAGUGUUAGCAACUCAUCCGAAACUCACACCCUCAGACACUAACGAGACAUCUUUGGGCGGUUUUGUGGGUCUGCGGGCGCCUCAAAGUUGAAGCUGGCUCUCAAAUGGACGUCGAUGGACUGGAAUGAAAUCUCCACUUCUAUCGGACUGAAGGAAGGAGGCAAAGAAAACUCUGCAUGUUCAAGUUUCCUGCUGCAACCAGAGUGGCAUCGGUGCGUGCGUGUUGGAUGUGUGUGUGUGUGUGUGUGUGUGUGUGGAAGUGUGUGUUGGGUGCGUGUGUGUGCGCGCCCGCAGGACCAGCAGCAGUAGCAGCAGCAGCGGCGGCGGCGGUGGUGGUGGUGGUGGUGGUGGAUGCGGCCGCGGGAAGGGAAGUUUAGCGCCGUGAUUUGUCUUCUUUCCCUCUAUUCUGUUGCUGUGUUGCUUUUCAUGCCACACCAGCGGACAGGCGGAUUAACGUUUCCCUGAUGAAAAUUAAUCAUGUGUGGAGCGGCUCUGUGAUCGUGACUUUGAUGAUGUCGAGUAAGAGCGUGGAGUGGCUGCAGGAGGAGCUGGAGUCCGGGGCCGGCUCUCUGCUGCUGCUGGACUGCAGAGCCCAUGAGCUGUACGAGUCCUCGCACGUUGAGUCGGCCAUCAACCUGGCCAUCCCGGGCCUCAUGCUCCGGAGGUUGAAGAAGGGCAACCUCCCCAUCCGCUCCAUCAUCCCCAACAACGAGGACAAGGAGAAAUUUGUCAAGCGGUGCAAGACGGACGUGGUGGUUCUUUACGACGAGGCGACCUCGGAGCGGCAGGAGUCCGGGAUGGGGAGCUCCGUGCUGGGGCUGCUGCUGCAGAAACUGCGGGACGACGGGUGCAAGGCUUUCUACCUGGAGGGGGGCUUCAACAAGUUCCAGUCGGAGUACCCCGAGCACUGCGAGACAAAUUUGGACUGCUCGUGUCCCAGCAGCUCCCCACCAGCCUCCGUCCUUGGUCUGGGAGGACUCCGCAUCAGCUCUGACUGCUCAGAUGGGGAAUCUGACCGCGAGCCAGGCAGCGCCACAGAGUCAGAGGGCAGCCCGCUGCCCAACAACCAGCCAGCGUUUCCCGUCCAGAUCCUGCCGUACCUUUACCUGGGCUGUGCCAAAGACUCCGCCAACCUGGAUGUGCUCAGCAAGUACAACAUCAAGUACAUCCUCAACGUGACGCCCAACCUGCCCAACAUGUUCGAACACGAAGGGGACUUCAAGUACAAACAGAUCCCCAUCUCUGAUCACUGGAGCCAGAACCUCUCUCAGUUUUUCCCCGAGGCCAUUUCAUUCAUUGACGAGGCACGCUCAAAGAAGUGUGGCAUCCUGGUGCACUGUCUGGCCGGGAUCAGCCGCUCGGUGACCGUCACAGUGGCUUAUCUGAUGCAGAAGCUCAACCUGUCGCUCAACGACGCAUACGAUUUCGUCAAGCGGAAAAAGUCGAACAUUUCCCCAAACUUCAACUUCAUGGGCCAGCUCCUGGACUUUGAGCGGACGCUGGGCCUCAACAGCCCCUGCGAUAACCACUCUUCCCCGACGCACGACCAGCUCUUCUUCACCACCCCCACAAAUCACAAUGUGUUUCAACUGGACACGCUGGAGUCCACAUGAAAAUAAGAGGGGGAACUGUCCCUUUUUUGGGGGGUUUAAAGGUGGUGUUGUUACUAAGGUAACAAGUGGCUGCACUGGAGGGAAGCAGCCAGUUUUAAUGAAUGUUUUAGCCUCGUGAGGCUCGUUGUCUGAGAGCCUGGGCAAGAAGCAGCGUCGGAGGGGCAGGGGAGGUCACAGAUGCCACAUUUUAACUACAUAGUAGUUAAAAAAAAGGGAACAGGAUGUUUUUUUAACCCAGAGGGAGAACUGAGAGAUGGGUUUACGAUGGUGUCCUCCUUAAGUUGAUUGAAAUCAAGGCAGGUAAGAGCCCAGAUCAACUUGUCUUCUCACACAGAAUGGAGGAGACUUAACUGACUGAGAAACUGAGCGAAAGACGCAGCAGGACAGACAGCUUCAUACAAAGAUAGGAAAUAUCUACAGCGCUCGACUUAUGAGACAACAACAUCCUUUCUGUCUUUCUGUCUCGGCUCUCGAGGCUGAGCUGAGUGGUGCCAAGUGGAAAAUCUGGGAUGUCCUUGUAGGAAAUCUCGCUCUACUGAAUGAAGAGUUUUACAAACCAAGGAAUUAAUUCACACAUGCACGCACACACACACACACACACAAACAAAGUAUGUAUGUUUGUACUGUAUGUACUGUAUGUAUGUUAACGUACAUAGCAGAAAAUGUAUGGGCAAUCCUUAACAAAUUCAGUAUGUCUAUAUGCAUUUUUGUAUGUUUGUGUGUACAUUUACACACAAAUCUAUAUCUUAUAUAAAUAUAUACGCGUAGAAAUCUUAUCUAUCCAAUCCAACAAUGGCUUAAGAGAUUGUAAAACUAAAGAAGGGGAAUGGGUGUGGCGACACCAACAAAGAGGAACGUUAUUCCUAGUUGUUUUUUUUUUUAAAGUUUCGCUUUUCUUUUGGGUUUGUAAUGACCUAAUGCAGUUUGCACAGUGGUGUAGCCAUUGACUUGUUGGCACAUGGAGCCGGUGCUGGAAGCAGACAGAUAAAGAGACAUUCAGAGAAGAGGACAGAGAGGAGAGGCCAGUCCCAGGCUGCGACGAGUCCCGACAGCUGCACAGUGGAGUGGGGAGCAGGAACUGGCCCCCGAACAGAGGAUGGGGUUCAGGGGUUAGAGGGUCAGGUUAAGGGAAAAGACAAGCAGCGGGUAGAACUAGGGCAUUGGGGUUGGGUAUGGGUGAAGAUACUACUGUAGAAUUCACAUUUGGCCAACUGUUUUCAAGUGCAAGUUCCCAGUUCCUACUUCCUUCCCCAUAUGACCAUUCAUCCAGUUGCCUUAUGAGAAGUACCAGUUUUUUCCACCAGCUGUUUUGAUUAGUUUAGUUGUUUCAUUUCAGUUAGAAACUUUACUACUGAACUUCCUUCGUUAUUUCAUCACAGCAUAUUGUCUGACCAUGUUUUGCCAAACUGGUUCCUCACAGCUCUGACGGAUGCUUAGGCAAUGUUAACAUUUCUGAGUAACUUUUUGGGCAGCUUAUUUUAGCAACCUUGGGCAAGGAAGUACCUCAACACUUGUAUUACCUUACUUCUUUUUCUAGUUGUUCAAUUAGUUGUCCAAUAUUAGGUCCAUUUUAGGUAAAAAUGCAAAAAAUGGAAUCUAGGACAAGGGACUGUGAUUGUAUCCUGGUCUCGGUGUUGGGAUUAAGGUGGACUGGGACUGGCCUCAGCUACAGACUGCACUUAGCUACUUCAAUAGCUUCACGUCCCUUAACUGCAUUGGAGAAAACAGAAGGAAGACCUCUCUGCAAAGGGAUUACCCAUUUUGUCAAAGAAAGGUUUGUCUGAUUUGAUAUAUAUAUAUAUAUAUAUAUAUAUAUAUAGAUAGAGCUAAUAGUAAACAGAUCCAUGUUAUUUUGUAUACCUGAGCAUGCUGUGGUACUGUAUGCUCUCUAACAGUAGACAUAACUACAAGUUGUUGCUUUACCAGGUGGGAAGAUGAAUGAUGAGGACCGUUUUUUUAACUGCUGUUGCUGCUGAACACAGCAGCACACAGCAUGUGGUUAAAGAGUUUUUUGAAUACCUGUCCACAUCAUAAGCACCUAAACAAAAAAGACUCCAAAAACGUGCAAAUGCUGCAGUAGUUUUCCAAUUAAUGUAGGUUUCCUCUUAUGAGUUGAACAACACUGCAGCUCUAACGAUGUGUGUCCACAGGUAGCGUCAUUUCCACGCUUCCCAUUCAUUGUCUUUGUAAGCAGCCGCGCAAUGCAUUCUGGUUGCGUUGCGGCGAGUUUUGAGAGACAGGGCGUUGAGUAGCCCACUCCUCAUUUGCACAAAUUUGAGGUCCAUGCUACUUUAUGCAAAUCAUGGGCAUCCAUCAUACAUCACCUUCUCUUGAAACUCCUGAAAAUCUUUAAAAGUGACCGCUGUAGAUAUAAAAUGAAGACAGAUUCAGAACUGCAUAGCUUAAUUCUCGCAUUAAAAGUUUUUCAGAAACACAUUUUGGUGAACUAUUUUUGUAAAAGAAGAGAAUGUUUCCAAACAAGCCGCCAUGUUGAUCCGGUUUGGAAUCUGGGAGCAGACAACCCACAGGUAAAAGCGUUCGUCCAAGUUUUGUUUGCAUGUCUGAAGAGAAACUGAUAACUGCUAGUGGCAAGUCCGUAAGCAUCCAGUGCUGGGAAGCGUGGCGAUUCCUCACGUCAAAAAAACGUCACUGUGGACAUGUACCCUUAGACUUAUGGCAAUGUCUGUUGGAACACUGGGUGUUAUGCAAGAAUAUUUUCAUAGUCUUAUCCUAAAUCAAUCUUACAUUUUUCUUUGAGGUUUGCUUCAGCUUUCAGCUUGUAACUCCACAAACAUGUCGUAAAUCACUCAUUUCAACCUGAUUAUUGCCACUUGGUCAUGAGAACGUGCGCAUUCCUGACUUGUGUUCGUUAGCCUAAUCAAUGCUUCAAACGCUUUAUAAGGCUACCAGUUUCAUUCACAAAAAUGUAAAAAGCAGAACGAGAUCAGCAGACAUAACAUAACAUUUAGCAAUGACAGGAGUCUUACAACUGCACCUUGAAAAAAGAGAAAUAGGCUAUUACUACGGUUGGAUAUGAAAUGUUUUUGUUAAUAGCAAACUACAGAGGUUUCAGGUUCAGAGCAUGGUGAUGUGGACAUGGUCAUAAUAGAAACAAAGAACUGGGUUUCAGAGGGGACAUCAGUUGAAUCUGAACAGGGUUGGUUUUAGCUGGCCUUAUAUAAUCUUUCUAACGUCUUUCUAAUGCUGACUGUUAAAUACUUUGUAUCUCACUUUAGAAAAACAUUGUGUAAAAAGAAAAAAAUUAAACGUUUGUUUAUCUGUUA